UCGCCUCGACACAUCUUCUUCCACUCGGCUCAACGUCGGUCGCUAGCGGCGGAAGGACUCCGUUUUGUUGUCGUUGCUUUAUACGGAGUGAAGGUCCUUUCGCCGCGGGUAGGGCGAUCGACGGAGCUUUUGUUACUUGUGUGGAUUCGUCGCCUAGAAGCCUUUCUCUCUCUCUCUCUCUCUCUCUCUCUCUCUCUCCCUCUCUCUCUCUUGUUCUCUUUGUCCCGACUGCUGCGCCAUCGCCCCGCUUUCUUUUUGUAGUAUCUAUUUAACGAGUAAGUCGGUGAACAUGGUGAGCUUCCUGUUCACCUCGGAGUCCGUCAAUGAGGGGCACCCGGACAAGCUGUGCGACCAGGUGUCCGAUGCCAUCUUGGAUGCUUGCCUCGAGCAAGAUCCCGAGAGCAAGGUGGCAUGCGAGACUUGCACGAAGACGGGAAUGGUCAUGGUGUUCGGCGAGAUCACCACCAGAGCUACUGUGAACUAUGAGAAGAUUGUGAGGGAUACAUGCCGUGGUAUCGGCUUUACCGCGGAGGAGGUGGGGUUGAACUGUGACACGUGCAAGGUACUGGUCCAUAUCGAGGAGCAGAGUCCUGAUAUUGGCCAAGGUGUGCAUGGUAUGGGCACGAAGAGGCCUGAGGAAAUCGGUGCAGGUGACCAGGGUAUCAUGUUCGGUUAUGCAACGGAUGAGACUCCAGAGUUUAUGCCUUUGACUCACGUUCUUGCUACCAAGAUUGGCGCCAGGCUGACGGAGGUCAGGAAGAACGGAACUGUCAAGUGGCUCCGACCUGAUGGCAAGACGCAAGUGACUGUGGAAUACAAGAAGGAUGCGACGGGUGCUCUUGAGCCUAUCCGCGUGCACACCAUCUUGAUCUCGACGCAGCACGACGAGUCCGUUUCCAACGACCAGAUUGCGGCCGAUCUUCGAGAGCAUGUCAUCAAGCCCGUCGUUCCUGCCAAGUACCUCGACGAGAACACUAUCUUCCAUCUCAACCCUUCUGGCCGAUUCGUGAUUGGUGGGCCGCACGGAGAUGCUGGGCUUACCGGUAGGAAGAUCAUCAUUGACACGUACGGAGGCUGGGGUGCCCACGGCGGCGGAGCUUUCAGCGGCAAGGACCCGACCAAGGUGGACAGGAGCGGAGCAUACAUUGUCCGUCAGGCGGCGAAGAGCGUCGUUGCCGCCGGGCUUGCCCGCCGCUGCCUCGUGCAGGUUUCCUACGCUAUUGGUGUCGCUGAGCCACUGUCCGUCUUCGUCGACACGUACGGAACUGGAAGGGUAGACGACCAAGAUAUCCUCGAUAUCAUCAAGGAGAACUUCGACUUCAGACCCGGCAUGAUCAUCCAAGCCCUUGAUUUGACCCGUGGAGGCAAGCAGAGGUUCCAGAAGACGGCGGCGUACGGACACUUCGGCCGCGACGACUCUGAUUUCACUUGGGAGACGGUCAAGGUGCUCACCAGGAACGGACAGCCCGUUAAGAUUACCGCUGCUUAAUUAAUUGAUUGAUUGAAUGAUUAAAUUAUUGAUUGAUUGAUUGGCUAGUCUACAGGAGAUGUGAAGUAAGUUGCUGUCGCCCGAGCGAACGUUCGUCGAUUCCUUCGGUCGGUCGAUUUACAACCGCCUUCACUUUUUUUUGCACGUUACGACUGUUCGUUUAUGCGGCCGAAAGAUUGGCGACUAAUCUCUCGCGGCGGUUGCUGAAUGGAUAUCGUGCUUUUUUUCCCUUCCCGCUUUGUUUAUUUCAUUUCUUCUUGUUGCUAGGAUGGAGCUGGAAGUUGGAUUUGAGUUUGUCUUAUUCGUGGAGGAGUAUCGUUGAAAGACGAGCAUAGAUGAUGAAAGCGCUUCCGGAUAAGGACUGCGCAUGCUACAAUAGCGUCAAUGUUUCCGCUCGUCCUAUUUCGUUUCGUAUUUCGCUCCAGAAGUUGGUGUGUUCAGAAUGUGUCCUCGCUCCGGUCCUUCUGUCGGGUGUCUAUUUGGCACAUUGAAUAGAUCGUUGAAAUUGGACUUCUCGGAGUCGAGUUUUCUCAAAGAGAGAGCAGUAAAGGUGUGACAGAGGAGUGGACAAGUGAUACCUCAGGAGCGUUUCGUUGGACGAAGGCCCGGUAUCAUUGCUCUUCUGCGAAUCCUUCAUAGGUAGCUUUCGGCUUAGGUUUUCAAUCUGGUGGUGGCGGCAGUCUCUCUUUCUCUCUUGAAUGGUGGGGGCAGGAGGAAGAAGGGUUGGUGAUUAGAGUGGUGCGUUCAAAUGGGGAGCGCGGCCUUCAAAUAAGAAUCUUGCUGCCGAGAAACGAGUACGCGAGGUGUGUUUUUACGCAGUUCGCGACUCGAGGGAAUAAUUUUUAAGCUUGCACUAUCCCUCUGGGAGGGGCUCAGCUAAAUUCUUGAAAUUUUCGACAUGUGCGUGUGAACAUAUUGUUUUGGGCUCUUAUUCUUUUCGGCUACGUGUUGCUUACGAUG